GUUGUUGUAGUAGUAGUAGUUGUAUGUUUUCUUUCUCCAUCAUCAGAUCACCUUGGGAACAUAUUGGGGGAAAAAUUCUCUGUUUGUUCCUGUUUUUGUCGUUUUCAUAUACAUCUUUUGCAUUUCCUCAGUUCCAUUCAGGUAAAUUCAGAACUAUUUCCCCAGUUUGUGACAACACUGACAAAAAGCUGAAGUCAGUUUCAGUGGCAGGUAAAUACAUCUUAUUUUCCACAUAAAUAAGAACUGCAUUAACAUUUAUAUUGUCCUCUGGCUCCCUCUAGUGGACUUAAUUAUUGUUAAAGUGGCCAUUAUUGUUAAAGUGGCUUCACUAAAGCGUUUCCGUCCAUUUUGGACCCCGCGGGCAGCCGUAGGGAGGAGCAAGCGUCGCCCUAGCAACGGACAAUAAGUAGCAUCAGAGAUAGCAAAUUAUCGUAGCAUUUUUACUGUUAUGGAGUGGAUUAAUGUUUAAACUAAGACGUAUUUAGGCUUUUAUUGACCCUUUUUAAGCCACAAUGGCUACAAGUAACCCGUCAGUGUUUCUCCUCACAGUGAACGGACAAAUUGAAGGAGCCAACUUUCCAGAAUUUGAUAAUUUAUACUGCAAAUACUGUUUUGUCUACGGACAUGACUGGACUCCCACGUCGGGGCUGGAGGAAGGGAUCACUCAAAUAACCUGCAAAGGCAACCAGUCUUCACACAAAUUAAUAUGGAACUUUCCACUGGAAACGACCUUUAAGAGCACAAGCCCAUGUGGAUGGCCUCAGCUUGUGGUGAGUGUGUACGGUCCAGAUGUGUUUGGAAACGAUGUGGUCAGAGGCUACGGAGCAACACACAUCCCUUUCACACCUGGACAGCACUCGCGAAACAUCCCCAUGUUUGUUCCUGAGCCCUCAUGGAGGCUUCAGAAAUUCACGAGUUGGCUGUUGGGACGGCGGCCGGAGUACACAGACCCUAAAGUGGUGGCCCAGGGUGAAGGCAGAGAAGUGACGCGUGUCCGGUCACAAGGUUUCGUCACCGUCUCCUUUCACGUAAUGAGUAAAGACAUGAAGAAAAUGGGCUACGACACCGGACCAUCAAACCCUGCCAACACGCACCCAUACUCUGCCACAUCUGAAGAACAGCUGUGAACAGGUUAACAGAUCCACAGGUUCUCCUGGUUCAGCCUUUAAGGAUAUUUGGUUCUUUACAAAUACGUUUCAGUGACUUGUUUACUCUUUCAAGGUAACGCUUUAUCAUACUUGGAUUUUAUAUUCAAAUUUAUAGAGAUUCAACUGAGCAUUUUAGAUUGAUUCAAAUAUAAGAAACUGUUUUAUAAGCAUUUGUAUGGUUGUACAUUUCUGUGCUAUAUUUGUACUUUUUAAAAAAAUAAAUAUGGAAAAUAUACUUGAAUG